AUGCCACGUAUCCUUGCUCCGCACAAAUCGGGGCUUCAUCGACUAGCGUGUCUGUCACUAUACAAAGCUCUGCUCCGCGAGAGCACGCGGGUUGGGGCCGCAAUCCAAAACAAUGCCGUCGCUGGAACAAUUCAGUCCUUGAUCCGCUUCCGUUUCCAUCAAGACCGCAAGCUGCUUUCCCCUUCACAGAUCGCCAACGGUCUACAGGCCGGCCAUGACGCCCUAUCGCUCCUCCGCGCAUGCGCCGCUAAAUCGGGCAAUGGCUUACACAAGCUGAGCCAAACCCUCGAGCAUGUGGCUCAACAAGCCGAAUCUAUAUCGAAACACCGCGCCGAACUCGCUUCGCGAUGGAAACCGCCUCCACCCCAGCGGCGUGCCCAUCUGGAGAACCUGCGCCGCGUCGCUGACAAGGCAAACCACCUUUCCACUCCUGACAACCCACGCAUUUUUCAGCACCCGAGACCGAUAUCUGAAUUGAGAUCGGGUGUCCGCAAAGUGCCCAACCUGAUGUUGACCCAGGGAAUUCCCCUUCUGAAAUAUCCAGGCCCGACGCCGGUGCUGAUGAAUCGAGUGUUGAAGAAUAAGCUGCAGUGGGGUGUUCGGAAGUGGGCACAGCACCUGGACCUCGCAGCAACGAUUCAGGUCGCUGAAUGGGAAGACGAGUGGGAUGGCAUCCUCGCCCGAGAGCAGGGCAUUGCAGAGUCACCGGAGAUUGUUACCACGAAUGCUCAGCCAGAAAAGCAGGGAGAGGAGACGCAAAUGGACCACAAUCAACCCUCGUCGAGUGUCAGCAUCCAGUUUGUCGGACUAAACCGCUACAACGUCAGAGAGAAGAGAGACCAAAACCGGCAACUCCCCUCUGACAGUCCCGCCGCUCCGAAGGUUUCGUGGACACUGGCGCUUCGCCAAGUUGACCGACAACUCGAGCAGGCCGUUCAGGCGCGUGGACGUCAGUAUGCGGAGCUCGGGGACAAGUACUGGCAGGUGGUGGUGAAAGAGAGAGAGCUGAGGGAAAAGGAGAGGAGGGAGAGGAAACAUGCCAGGAGGAUGGCACGGAAAAAGGCGACAGAUGUUUCCAAGACUGACGGAGACAACGAGCCUGUGAGCAGCGUCUCUUCUGGCUUCACAUAG